GAGAGAGAGAGAGAGAGAGAGAGAGAGAGAGAGAGAGAGAGAGAGAGAGAGCGUGCGCGCUGAUGCACACGGAGACACAGAGAGGGAGAGAGACACAGUGUGACCGGGAGAAAUAGUGUGUGUGAGAGAGAGAGGCACAGAGAGAAAUUGAUAGAGAGAAAGCAGACCUUAUAUUGGACUACAGUGGUGUGAAGACCACCUUUUCUCCACGCUGGAUGAAGCCACUGCUGGCAAGACGUGUACUCUAACGUGAAGGGAUUUGAUUUCAGCGUGCGUCCUCUUCUCUUAUUCUCCAGGGGGACUCUUGACGAGGAGGGGCUUUUUUUUGGCGUGGUGUUUUUUCUCCAUACCCCUCUCUUUCUCCACAACAGAAGAUUUCGUGGACUGGACAGGGAAGACUACACUCACACAUACACCGCUGCAGAGUCCAGCUGUGGAGCAGACCUUCUUUCAAGGUGUAGGUGUAGUGUGUGUGACCACAGGAGAGAGAGUCCACACCAGAGUGUGUGAGAAAACCAGUGUGUGAAGUUCGGGAGGGGGCGUAACCAGGUGUCAUGGAAGGCGACCUCUGACAGGAGAGGCCAUCCCAUUGGGCAAUCGGGCCGUCAAUCAACACACACCGCUGAGAGGAAGGAAGGAAGGACCGCAAGCACGAGGGAGUUUGUUUUCUCUCAAGCACCACACAUACCGAUCCAGGAUCGCUCUGCUCUGAGACUGCAUUCACGGCCUUGACCCGAGGGGAAAAGAGGGAAAAAUAAACCUGAGGAAAAGAGGAAGAGAGAGAGGGAAAGAGAGAGAACGAAAGAAAAAGGCCUUCAUGAAUCCCAAACUGUCCUGAAAGUAGGACAGUGUAGCCAGUGUUAUCCUCUACUUCCCACCCCUCCCCUCCCCUCCCCUCCCCUGCAGGUCCCCAUCUCUAGAGCAGAGCAGCCAUGCGGUCGCCAAGAGACACGAGGAUGAGGAGGCCGACGCUACUACUGGUCGCCGUGGUAACCAUGCUGUUCAUGGCAGUCUGGAUCCCGGCCAACGCCUCAACUUCUCAUACGGACGACGUCACGCCACGCCUCAACUUCUCAUACGAUGCGAAGGAGAGGUCAGCCAAGCGCUUCUCAGCGUCGGGUGUGCACAACUACACGACCCUGCUGCUCAGCAAAGAGGACAACAUGCUGUACGUGGGGGCCAGGGAGGCCCUCUUCGCACUCAACCUGACGGACAUCACAAUGCCAGCCCUGCAACGCAAUCUGACCUGGAGUACGCCUGAUAAGAAAAGGGACGAGUGCCAUUUUAAAGGGAAAGACCUGAAGACUGACUGCUUCAAUUACAUCAAGAUUCUGCUGCGUGUGAAUGCGACACAUCUCUAUGUGUGUGGAACCUAUGCCUUCAGUCCCAUCUGUGCAUACAUCAACACGGACCACUUCAUGCUGGUGAGGGGCAGGUCUGGGGAGAUCAUGACUGAAGAUGGCCGCAGUCGCUGCCCCUUUAACCCUGAGUACAAGUCCACAGCCAUCAUGGCAGAUGGGGAGCUGUAUGCAGGCACUGUCAGUAACUUCCAAGGCAACGAGCCCGUCAUCUACAAGAGCCUUGGCCACGGCUCCGCGCUGAAGACCGAGAACUCACUCAACUGGCUUCAAGACCCAGCAUUCGUUGGCUCCGCCUACAUCCAGGAAAGCCUGCCCCUUGGCAACCCCGUCGGUGACGAUGACAAGAUCUAUUUCUUCUUCAGUGAGGCGGGAAAAGAGUUUGACUUCUUCGACAACACGAUCGUGUCACGCAUUGCACGCGUCUGUAAGGGUGACAAAGGAGGAGAGCGGGUGUUGCAGAAGAAGUGGACGACUUUCCUGAAGGCUCAGCUGCUCUGCUCUCUGCCCGACGACGGCUUCCCCUUCAACAUCAUCCAGGACAUGUUCGUCCUCACGCCCAGCAAGGAGGACUGGAAGAGCACCAUGUUCUACGGGGUCUUCACCUCGCAAUGGUACAAGGGUGCGUCUGGGAGCUCGGCGGUGUGUGCGUUCACCAUGGAGCAGGUGGAGCGGGCGUUUAGCGGGCGCUACCGCGAGGUGAACCGCGAGACGCAGCAGUGGUACACUUACAACCACCAGGUGCCCGAGCCUCGGCCUGGAGCGUGCAUCACCAACGCGGCGCGUGACGUCGGCAUCUCGUCGUCUCUGCACAUGCCCGAUAAGGUGUUGAACUUCGUGAAGGACCACUUCCUGAUGGACAGCGUUCUCCGCAGCCAGCCCCUCCUCCUGAAGCGCAGCGUGCGCUACACCCAGAUCGCCGUGCAUCGCGUGCACGCCCUGCAUGGCCGCAACUACGACGUCCUCUUCAUUGGAACCGAUGAUGGGAAGCUCCAUAAGGCCAUAAACGUGCAGGGCAAGAUGCACAUCAUAGAGGAGAUGCAGGUCUUCACAGAGGCCCAGCCUGUGCAGCACAUCGAGAUCGACACAGACAAGGGUCUGCUGUACGUGUCUUCCUUCUCGGGGCUGGCGGAGGUGGCGGUGGCCAACUGCUCCAACUACCCCAGCUGUGGAGAGUGCAUCCUGUCCAGGGAUCCCUACUGCGCCUGGACUGGCAAGCAGUGCAUGGACAUCAGGCAGGCCUCGCCUGGGAGCAAGUGGCAGCAGGAUGUGGACAAUGCAGACACCUCCAGUUCCUGCAACAGGACACUCACCCCUCGCGUCUCCAAGCCUUCCUUCACUCGCUCAGGCUCGUCCUCGUGCCAGCUGAUCGUCAUGCCGGCGAACACGUUCCGGGUGCUUCCGUGCAAGCUGCGGUCGAACCUGGCGGAGAGGCGGUGGGAGUACGGGCCGAGCGCGGGCGAGUUCGUGUACCCAAACCCCGAAGGAGGCCUUGUGGUGGUGGCCCAUGCAGACCGCACUGAGACGUAUGAGUGCUGGUCGGUGGAGGAGGACUUCCGGCAGCUGCUUGCCAACUACUGCGUGAGGGCGGAGCCUCGUCUCCAGGAGAGCACCACGCUGUUUGGCCGUUCGCACACGCCACUGGUGAGACGUGGAGACGACGAGCCCAUGAUGCUGCCAGGCGAGGCGCCCUCUCAGCAGCUGGAGCCCAAGACCUACUGGAACGAGCUCAUCGUGGUGUGUGCCCUGCUCGCCUUCUCGCUGGUGGUCUUUUCGCUGUUCGUCAUCUACCGGAACCGGGGACGCAUGAAGUCCAUGCUGAAGGAGGGAGGCGAAUGCCCUGGCACACUGCAACAGAAGAAAGUGCCUCGCAUCGGUGGAAGCUGCAAGCCGGCCGAGAGCCUGCCGCUGAACGGCAACGCGGGACCUCUGGCGGCACCUCCGUCCGUAUCGGACCACAAGGGCUACCAGACGCUGCAGGACAACUACUACUGCAGCACGCCCACGCACGAGCACGACACGUGCUCCUCGCCCGAGAACAGCAAGAGCUUCUCCGAGUCCGAGAAGCGGCCACUCAACCUUAAGGAGAGCCACGUGGAGAUCUCGCCGACGUGCCCCCGGCCUCGCGUACGCCUGGGCUCCGAGAUCAAGGACUCCAUAGUGUGAGGAGCCAGGAGGACCCCAGGGAGGAGGGGCUAAUGUGUUGAAGGACAUAAUAAUAGACAGUGGCAAUAUGAGCAGUGGUGACUGAUGGGAAAUGGUGUUCUUUUCAUUUUUUGGCCUUUUUUUUGCAAAAGAACAGUGCAGACAUGGGAAGCCACCCAGAAAGGGUUACCAACAUCCCGAACAAUCUCACCUCAGCCGGACACCUCAUCUGUGUUUCGUCUUUUUCAUUUUUUACUAUUAUUAUUACUAUUAUUCGCAAAAACAAAACACAACAGAAAGAAAGACUGAUAUUUUUUUUGCACUUGGUCGCAUAGCAGACAAACAAGGAGUCCUGGUUGGAGGUCUCUGGUGGUGGACUGUGGUCCCGUGCACAUUUCCCUUGGUCACUCACGGCGAGCGCUCCACUGGCCCUCACAGCCACAGCCAGGCUACCGAGGUGCCAGGAAAAAAAAAUAAAAACAGAAGAAGCUCAACGCUCACAUCACAUCCAACGCGCCAACAAGACUCACUGAGCCAGCGAGCGAGCCAACGGAAUGGGCAAGCCAGCGCGAGAACGAGCACAAAAUGGCCGCCAGUGCUGGCCAGCGGGUGUGUCACAUCACAACACAAGCAGUGUGAGCAGACACGGUGGAGGGCUCCUGAGAGCCUCCUCGAAGUCCGUCCUAACGACCUGCUCAUAAGAAGCUGUGGUGGGGCAUGAAGCUGAUCUGUGGAAUAUCUCACCCACUGUGGGUCAUUAAAACCCCGUCAUUCCACCUGAUGCGGUCCACAACAUAGUCCCGAGUAUACCAGCACACCCGCAUUCAUGGUCUGCGUGGUGCAGAGAGGCCAGGGCACUCCCAUGGCACUGGGUUAGAGAGAUGAUGAAUGUACUUCACUUCAGGGGGGGGAUGAUGGACUCACGCACGUCAGUGAGUGCGGACUAUAUGAAAUGACUGGGUCCCCUGGACAGCAAGCAUCCUGCAGGCGUUUAGAGCCAUCAGCGAGGGCAGGGGGCGGGGACGGACAGACGAUCUCAUUUGGAUAUAUGAGUAUUGUGGAACAAAAUGCCACGGAAUUUGAAGAUACUGUAUGUUGCCUUUACUACAAAAUCUGAAUCUGGGUAAAUAUGACUUUAAAAGUGGUCUGUGAUCCUAUCCUGUAUACUACAUGCUGUACAUACAGUAAUAAUGUGGCAUCCCUAUGUGGCAGUAUACUAUGCAAAGCACACGAUUUAAACAAACAACAGAAGAAAUGUGAACUAGCGAGAAUCAUCAGGAACCUCCAGAGCUAUAUCUGGCUGGCUGCAGCCGGACUACAGUAUGUGUUAUCUAACUAUCUAGUGAUCAAAGCUGCUCUCUGUCCCUUUCAUACACAAGGCACAGUCACGUAUGUACUGUAUGUGUGCCAUGAUGAGACCAUUUUGCAUUACAGUGCUCCGAGCACACGUUCUGUACAUUACCCAAGAUGCCAAGCGUUAGAUGGCACAGAGAGCACGGUGGCCAAGAGCUGAGUUAUACAGAUGGCUCAGUUCUGUUUUUUGGCCAGCAGAGGUCAGAAACUCAACAGAAAAGUGGCAAAGUCACAGACACACUCACAUACACACAUUCACACACCCUGCCGAAAUGACCAACACCCUCCUGUGUCCGUUUACAUUACCAAAAAUUAUUGUACGUCAUACGUGCCAAAAACAAACUAAACAACAACAAUUAGCCAACAUCAACAGCAAAAAGAUAUUCUGACACGGAAUGUGGCAUCUGGCACAAUCUAUUCAGUACUCUGAGAACCUGUACGCGUUCUUUCAAAGACAAGUAGAAUUCAUUUUUCUCUCUAUCAGAACAACU